ACGUGAGCAUGUAGAGUGGUCCAUGCUGUUACAAGCUCAUUCCACGCUUUAUGCAGUUGACAUUUUGGGAUUAGGUUAUGCAAAUUAGCAAGAUGGUAUCCAUCAGAAGUAAAUGGAUUUACAGUGAGGGCAGUAUUUUAACAUGGAAAAGUAGUGAAACCAUUUCCUGAACACAACUUUUUAAAAAUACGUAAUGCCAACAUGCUUAUGCGUUACGUGUGAAAGAAUGUUGCAUGAUGUGCGAAACUUUGCAAGUGAGACAUUUAUAGUCAAUAGCACAUUGGAGAUCAAGAACUAUGUCUAAACUAUGAUGUGCAUUAUCCCCCAAAUGAAGAGGUUUUAUGUAAUUAGCUGAUGUGUGUGUUUUAACCAAGUUUGGGAGAAUAUCAGGAGAAAAAAAUAUUUAGUAAUUUAAGAAUUCUGUAUAGCUGAGGAGGAGUUAAGGAUUAAGUCCAUUAGUCAGUAGCAAUUGAGUAUGUAAUACCCAAGCAAUUUGCUUCAGGUGGACAAAAAGUCUGUACUAGAUUAAUUUGUGAACAAAUACAGCAGCUUGAAACUUUAAGUACUGUAUAGCGAAUGGUUGGCCUACUUUGUUUAAAGCCUUUUAAACCUACCUAAAGUGGCAGGAAGCCUGACAAAUAGGAAAAUACUACAAAGUGAAGAGAAAAUUCACUUCAUGAGAACUGAGCUCUGCUUUGAUUGGCUUUUAAAUUUUAUUUAUAUUAAUAACUGAUUAGUGUCAGAUCAUCUCUGUAGUCUACUGUGGUGAAAUUAUUAGGUUAAAGCUGGAAAAAAUGAAACAAUUAAAAAGAAAAAGGAAAAGCAAUUUUAGUGUUCAGGAAACUCAAACACUCCUUAAGGAAAUAAGGAAAAGGAGAGAAGUACUCUUUUCAAAGCAACUUAAUACAACAAUUAAUGAGUUGAAACGAAAAGCUUGGGAGGAUAUAGCAGAGUGUGUAAAUGCUGUAGGUGAAGGAGAGCAAAGAACAGGGACAGAAGUGAAAAGGAGAUACCUUGACUGGAGAGCACUCAUGAAGAGAAAACGUCUGAAUGCAAACAUCAAAGUAGUAGGUGCUGGGUUUCACCUUCCUUCAUCCAAUUUAGAUGACUCUCUCAAUGAAGACAUGGAUGAGAAAAUGGGAUUUGCAAUUGAAUCUAGUUUUGAAUGGCAAAAUAUCACUGACUUCAGAGAAGCCGGUGGAUCUUUAACAGAAAUCAAAGUAGAAGAGGAAGAGGAGGAUCCGCAGAAUUUUGAAUUUCCCAUUGAGGAAGAAGAAGAAAUUUUGUCAUCAGUUUUGCCAGAUUCAAAAAAGGAAAAUGACCUACCAGAAUUCCCCCAGAUUGAAGAGUUUGGAAGUCUAAACUCUGUUCAAGCUAGGCUAGCCUAUGAAGAUUCUCACUUGCUUAUAAAUCUGGAGAAGCAGAAGGUGGAGCUGGAGAAGCAGCGACUAGAUAUUGAAGCGGAAAGGUUGCAAGUGGAGAAGGAGCGCCUGCAAAUAGAAAAAGAGCGGUUGCGGCAUGUUGAUGUGGAGCGUGAGAGACUUCAGAUUGAGAAGGAGCGGCUUCAGAUCGAAUGGGAGAAGCUCAGGCUAGAGAGACUGAAUGCUGAAAAACCUGCCCUGGAAAAUGACCUCACCCAAACUGAAAAACCCAUCAUGCAGCCACUGGAUCUAGAAACUGAGAAGUUAAAACUUGAAAAAGAACGUUUGCAGUUAGAGAAAGAGAGGCUGCAGUUCCUAAAGUUUGAGUCAGAGAAGCUGCAGAUUGAGAAGGAACGCUUGCAAGUGGAGAAGGAGCGCCUUCGAAUUCAGAGAGAGGGUCACUUGCAGUGAACUUCUCAAUGGAAGUGUCAACGUUAGCAUUUUGAUGUUUGUAAAAUAGAGGUAGUUUUUUCUUAAUACUGAGAUUGUCCUAGAGGUGAAACAUUCUUCUGUUCAGAGUCGAAUGUUGAUGUUAAAAUGAAAACGAAAGGAAAAGAAAAAAAGCAAGGAAAAAGAGUGGUGCUCAAUAUGUCUGUGUGCCUAUAUAAAUGAGCUUAUGUGUGAAGUUGCUUUUCAGUGUGUCAGAAUAAGUGUUAUAUUCUCUUGUCUUCAGUAUUGUGUUGUAUUAGUUUGGCGUCCUCCAUCCUCCUCUCAUAGAUGUGUUGAGAAGAAGCAAGGCUGAACAUUGUACUUUUUUCACUGUGCUAACAGU